CUCAAGUCCUCUCAUGUGUAACCAACGGAGAUGAAAUAUAAUUUGACCAAAGAUAAAGGGGUUUAAAUGACAAAAACAGUAGCCGAUGUGCUUAAAUUGUGAAGUCACAUUUGUUUAAUGGGUUAAAUAAAUUAACUGUUAUUAUCAUUUUGUACCCGAAAGAAACGAAAAACUCCAAAAGGACCUUCAAACUUCAACGCACGCCGUUUCUAGGGCACAUUCGGAGUCGAGUUUAGUCAACGACAAAAUCUGCGACUGUGGAGUGUGGAGUUGAUGCAAUUACACGAUUGUGACAAUGGAGCAUUCAUUAUGGGGAAAUCUACCGUUGUUGGUGAGAGCGAAUUCGAAGGAAUCCGUGGAGUUCAUACUCCAAACCCUAUGGAGAACUCGCAAAAUUGGACUUGAUUCAACCGAUCGCGAUGUCAUCCGUGAUAUGCUUCAACUUCAAAAUGAUGCCGACCUCGAUCCUCUUUUGGUAUGCCUACGCAUGUUGAUUCGUAGAUGUGUCUAUGAGAACAACAAUAAGGAUGAAAUACAGAAAUUAUUCCCUGAAGAAGUCUUGCCUGAGAUACAGAGAUUAUUGACACUUCUGCUACAAAAGUUCCAUAAGGAGUGGAGAGAAGAUAUAGCGAAAGAUCAGCUUCAGAGCAACACAGAGCUAAAUUCAGGAGAAACAGAUGUCAACUUUCAGUUGUCUAAAGAUAGACUAGAGACGAUGUUGAAGUCUAUGUAUUCUAUGAGUGAUCAACAAUGAAGGAUGUCGAAGGGCAUCAAGGUAGAGAUUGGAAGAAGAAAUAAGGGAGAAGGAGAAUAGAUUAGAAUCAAGUGCACAGGGCUUCUUAACCUCCUUCCCCCUGUAUUGAUGUGUGGUAACAAAGAAGAAAGAAAGAGGAGACUCGAACACUUGAUGAAAUUUCAAACCACCCAAAAUGAAGGUAUGUUUUGUUGGUCAUUUGGGUACUAUGGUUAGACAAAAUUGAAUCUGAUGUAUCCUAGAAAGUUAAAAAUUUGAUAAAUUGAAGUCGUAUGCGAGUUUCCUUGAGCAACAUUACUUUAAUUAUAUGUUUUUUGUUCUUAUGUACACUAAUUACAGUGUAUUUAUAGUGAUUUAUAGUUAUUUAUAUUGUUGUUUUGUUCUUAUGUGGAUUGGCAUUUGUGUGCCUGAUUUAUAAGGAUUUAUAGUGUUGUUUGGUGUAUAUGUAUGCAGUAAAAUAAAAAUUGAAGAUAUAUGUGAAAUUAAAGAAAAUGAAG